CAGACCAAAACAAGUUGUGUCCCCCCUCGCCCCUCCAUCUCACACCCCUCGCCCCCUCCACCAAGCUGUUAACAGGAGGCUGGCAUGCUGCCACAGUUCCUUAGCUCCUCUCUCCGUAAAGGUUGGAUUAUUUCAUAAACUCAAAGGCCCAGGCCUUUCCCUCGGUUUCGCUGUCUCUCUGUUUCGAGAGAGAAGAAGAGGGAUUCCCCUUUGAGAAAGCAAUAGCCCUUUCUAGAGGAGACCCAGAGUGUGUGAGAGGAAGCGGCGAUGCGUUUCCCUCUGGUGUUGACACUGCAGGCACUGUGGGCCAGUGUGUGCCAGACCAUGCAGCACUACCCAGCCUGGGGACACUACGACGUGUGUAAGUCUCAGGUGUACACGGACGAAGGCCUCACCUGGGAUUACAUGGCCUGCCAACCUGAGGCCAUGGACAUGACCAAGUACCUGAAGGUUACGGUGGACCCACCCAACAUCACCUGUGGAGACCCGCCUGAGACAUACUGCGCCCUGGAGAACCCGUACAUGUGUAACAAUGAAUGUGAUGCCGAAAACGAGGACCUGGCCCACCCACCGGAGCUCAUGUUCGAUUUCGAGGGCCGCAACCCCACAACCUUCUGGCAGUCCAGUUCCUGGAAGAAGUACCCCAAGGCCCUCCUGGUCAACAUCACACUGUCCUGGAGCAAAACCAUCGAGCUGACCGACGACAUCGUGGUCACCUUCGAGUCAGGCCGCCCGGAACAGAUGGUUCUGGAGAAGUCUCUGGACUACGGUAAGACCUGGCAACCCUACCAGUUCUACGCCACAGACUGUCUGGACGCUUUCACCAUGGAUGCCAAGACUGUCCAGGACCUGACCCAGCACACUCUCCUAGACAUCAUCUGCACCGAGGAAUACUCCAGGGGCUACGUGUGGAAGUAUGACAAGACGGUGCGCUUCGAGAUCAAGGACCGCUUUGCACUGUUCGCCGGACCACGGCUCCACAACAUGGCGUCCCUCUACGGUCAGUUAGACACCACCAAGAACCUGAGAGACUUCUUCACCAUUACAGACCUGAGAGUCCGGCUCCUCCGACCAGCCACAGGGGCCACCAUGGUAGACGAGAACAACCUGUCCAGAUACUUCUACGCCAUCUCUGACAUCAAGGUCCAGGGAAGGUGCAAGUGUAACCUUCACGCCAAUAGUUGUGUGUUUGACAAAGAGACGCUAAAUUGUGAGUGUGAGCACAACACCACGGGGCCGGACUGUGGCCGCUGUAAGAGGAACUACCAGGGAAGGACGUGGAGCGCAGGCUCCUAUCUACCCAUCCCCAAGGGCACGGCAAAUACCUGUAUCCCCAAUAGCAUUGGUCCAGUUAACUGCGAAUGCUUCGGACACUCCAACCGCUGCAGCUACAUCGAGCUGCUAAACUCUGUCAUUUGCGUGAGCUGUAAACACAACACUAGGGGCCAGCACUGCCAGGAUUGCAAGCAGGGCUACUUCCGAAAUGCUUCUGCGGAGCUGGAAGAUGAGAAUGUGUGCAUAGACUGUAGUUGUAAUCCCUAUGGCUCAGACAGUGUUCGCUGUAAUGGCACAGGAUUUUGUAAAUGUAAGGAGGGAACUACAGGGGCUAAGUGUCGAGAUUGUCUGCCGGGAUAUUUGUGGGACAAUGGCUGCAAAUCCCGAGUGUGUGACAACGAGCUCCUGCGCUGCCAGAACGGCGGUGUGUGUCUGAAUAACCUGCGGUGCCAGUGUACCGCAGCAUUCACGGGCCUGCUGUGUGAGAAGCCCCGCUGUGAGUCGGAGCUGGGGGGCUGUGGUGGGCCCGACUCGGGCCAAGCCGCCCUCUCGUCUACACCACUCUCCACCUUGCUGCUGCUCCUGCUGGGCUCGACGCUGCUCAGAGAGGCCUCCUACAGGCCCGCCCUGCUCUGAGAACCAGAGGCCUACACGGUCUACACUGAACUGUUGGAGCGAACUACCCAAUUACCAACUUCUCUACAACAACAACAACCAGAACUACAACGACCAUGAGCUUAGUCUACUAUACUGUACUGUACUAGCUGUCCACCAGACACAGCAAGGACACACGCUGUCUAUAAGGGAAUGUGCCAGAAUGAAAGCAAAACUUUAAUUUGAGUAAAAAAAUAAAAGUAUAUAUAGAAAUGAGAGUUUAAAAAAAUGAAAUCAAUAAAGAAAAAUAAAUACCAGAUAUUUAAAAAGAGUUUAACUUGAGCAUUUGCUUCAUAAAAAGUCAAACAAGUCAAACAACAGACACCAGUGACCUAAGCCAUACCAGAGACUUUUCCCCCUAACUGUCAAAAGGAGGGACUGGAGAUGACAGACACUUUGUUCACUUCCUCUCUUAUCGCCACGGCAACGGCAGCUGCGACCAAUAAGCGACAGCAAGCUCUAGCUAGCAAGGCCAGCAGCUGCUAGCUGCCCCUGUCUUAGGGUGCUUUGGGGUUUGGUGCUGGCUGGACUGAACUGCUUCUGGGCUGAACUGACUGACUGACUGAUGAAGAACUCCAUAGAACUGUCCCUACCGCUACUGAAGGGUGGACAGACAGGCUGUUUGAAAAAUAAAACCUAAAUAGAGAAAUUGAGGCAGAGGGAAAAUAAAAAAGGAAAUGUAAAGCAUUCUUUGCUGUCAGUGCAUUGUGGAUAUAAGGAAAUCCAUCCGGAUUUUGAUCCGGAGAUCAAAAAUCUUGCCCACCUCUCUCUCUCUCUCUCUUUCUCUCUCUCAGUCUGUCUGUCUCUCUCUCUCUCUCUUGCUUUCUCUCUCUCUUAUUCUCAUCUCUCUGUCGCCCUCUCUCUUUCUCUCUGUCUCGCUCUCUUUCUGUUGGGCUCCCGAGUGGCGCAGCGGUCUAAAGCACUGCAUCUUAGCGCUAGAGGCAUCACUACAGACACCAGGCUGUAUCACAACAGGCCGUGAUUGGGAGUCCCAAAGGGCGGCGCACAAUUGGCCCAGCGUCAUCUGGGUUUGGCCGGUGUAGGCCGUCAUUGUAAAUAAGAAUUUGUUCUUAACUGACUUGCCUAGUUAAAUAAAUACAAUUGUCUCUCGCUCUCUCUUUUUCCUUUUCUGUUCUUUCUCUCUCUCUCUCUCUCUGUCUCUCUCUCUCUCUGUCUCCCACUCCAUCCUUCUCUAUAUAUCUCUCCCUAUAUUCCUCACCUGUCCCCUCCCAUCAGUCCCACCCAGCCCCUCUGUCCACUGACCUGUGCUUUUGUGAACGUUACUCUGUAACCCUUGUCGGUUGAAAGAUUUUUUUGUCCGGUGUUAGUGACGCACAUGUGUAAUAGCCCCAUAUCCUCCCUCUCCAAAAGAUAGCCAGACUACCUGUGUACUUAUUUGACCUGUAGACAUCUGCAUUACCUGAGACCUUGGUCAAAGAGCUUAGUGUUCACUUGAGCUGACAAAGUGCUUAGAGAAUCAUCAGUGUAUUUACAAUUUAUUUUCUUGACAGAGCAAAAAAUACAUGUAAUAAUUAUUUUGUACUAUUUGCCGAACAGUGUUAAAAUGCAACUUGUUACUGUAUCUACUCCAGAUGAAAAUUAAAAAGCAGAAGAAAUGUUUUGGACUUGUUCAGCUUUUGUUUCUGUUAUUUAUUUUCUUUCUCUGGUUUAUUUUUCUCUUUUGGUUACACAGUUUGAGUUUCCUCAGUAUUGGCAACGUGCUGGCAUCAAAGAAUAUCGGUUAACAUCUACAGUAUUCUAUAGUGUAAUAAGAUCCCACAAAAGGACAUUCUAAAUGUUUUCUUGUCGCUUUAACACUGGACAAAUUUAAGUGAAUAAAAG